ACGUGUAGUGAAAAAGUACGGAACGUUGUGAAACUUUCAGACGUUGUUGCGCGAGAUUACUCAACGAAAGGUCCCAGAAGAGGAAAGGAAUAUUAGUUUCUAAAUCAGUCAUGGCAGUCCCGACGGUUAACGGUGUAGCACACGAUUUACAAGUGGAAGUGAGCAACUUGACUUUAAAUGGCAUACCAGCGGAGAAAACUACAAAGGAUAUCACAGUUUUUCAACAGAAGACAGGAACAUUUAAGGUAAAAGCGGGAUUGGCGCAGAUGGCUAAAGGAGGUAUUAUAAUGGAUGUUACUACAGCAGAGGAGGCCAGAGUAGCUGAGAAUGCUGGGGCAUGUGCUGUAAUGUCUUUAGAGAGAGUGCCAGCUGAUAUUCGUAAGCAAGGAGGUGUAGCAAGAAUGACUGACCCUAAGAGAACAAAAGAAAUCAUGAAUGCUGUCACAAUCCCAGUGAUGGCUAAGGCCAGAAUUGGACACUUUGCUGAAGCACAGAUUCUGGAGGCUAUUGGUGUUGAUAUGAUUGAUGAAUCGGAAGUGUUGACACCGGCUGAUGAGUCACAUCACAUUGACAAACAUAAAUUCACUGUGCCCUUUGUGUGUGGUGCAAGAGACUUGGGAGAAGCCCUUCGAAGAAUUGCAGAGGGAGCAGCUAUGAUAAGGACUAAAGGACAAGCAGGGACAGGUGAUGUUGCUGAAGCUGUUCGUCAUGCAAGAACCAUUCGCAAUCAGAUUCGCCAUGCUCAAGCCCUAGACUCAGCAGAGUUGUUCACCUAUGCAAAAGAGCUUAGAGUUCCUUUUGAACUUCUUAAAAAGACUGCUGAAAUGGGGCGUCUUCCUGUAGUUAACUUUGCUGCAGGUGGUCUUGCUACUCCAGCUGAUGUGGCUUUACUGAUGCAGCUCGGGGUGGAUGGUGUCUUUGUUGGCUCUGGAAUCUUUAAAAGUGACAACCCCAAGAAAAGAGCGUGGGCAAUGGCUCAGGCUGUCACUCAUUAUAACAACCCCAAAAAGCUUGCUGAACUCAGUGAAGAUUUAGGAGAGGCUAUGUUUGGAACGCCAGUUUCUGCUACUGCACACAAGUGAUAUGUUCUUACAAAUUGUGUGCACAAUUGCUAGCUAGAUAGUAUGGAUUUUCUCUCAAAUUCCAUUGAAGCAAAUAACUAUGGGAAAGAGAGAGAAAGAAUCUUAACUAAUAAAUAACUAGUUUUUAAAGUGGUAGUUAUAAAUUUCUUUAGGGUAGUUCUGGGAAUAUCUAGUUUGGUAGAGGUUCUCUCAAGAUGUUUCCUUGUCUUGUGAACUUGGUCAUUGUUGUUGCUGAUAAAAAUUUAAGGUCUAAUGAUCAGGGUAUAAUAAUAUCACAAAAUGCAAUGUUAGAUUUAAAGUCUCUCAAGGCAUCCAAGGCUUUUUCUCAUCCCAUUUUAUUUAAUAUGCUUCUUUUAAAUAUAUCAUUAGAAGUAGAAUUAGUGACAAAGUGUUUCAGUCGGUGCAUUUAAGUGGUGUGCUGAAUGCUGAUGUAUGUGAUUUAUCCUAUGGUACACUCAUAGUAACAGACCCACACUUCGACAGGCUUAGAUUAACCUGUAUUUAAAUUAUUUUUAUUUAUACAAUAUAUUGAUAUGCUGCAUGUAGACAAAUUACUUGUAGUAUCAUUAGAGGUUUAAACAAUGUUGGUUAUAUUAUUGUGAAUAUAACUGUGGCAAUCAGGUAACAUGGUUACACUGACUGACUCAGACACUGGGUUUUCAGUUAUUGUGAGUAGUGAUCAGAGAUUGAAUUCUGUGGCUAUUAUGCUGAGUUCUUGGGCUUAAUUUUGAUAGGUUAGGCAUUUUAUUAGUGGACCUAGUGAGGGAUUCCUAAAAGCUGGAAUAUCUUGGGCAUUUUCUUUUUAUUUUAAUGUCAAAUUGCAAAUGGUUAAGUUUCAUAAUGCUUUCUUUUUAUUUUAAUGAAUCAGAAGUUACACCUGCUUCUGUGGAGAUACACACACCUUUAUAUUUAUUCACUAUUAUUUUAAUGGCUAAUUUUGUCCACAGACAGUACAUGUACAUCAGAGAUCUUGUGGUUGAUGGUCACAACAGCUUUUUUGUUUGUUGUAAUUAAUGAUCAAUAAUGUCAUCAACUGCCUGAGAUCUGCUUUUGAUUGAAAGUGUUUCACUAGGUUUUCUGUUGUCAAUUGACAUGGGAUGGUAAAGCCCUGACUUUGAGCCGUUGGUUUGGUUGUGUCAUGAAGAUUUUUAUCAACCCUCCCAGACCCACACUUACAGUGCUUGUUGUCAGUGGAAUUUUUUGUGUGUAAUCUCAUUGGUUAUGAGUUAUUCUCGUCAUUUGGGACAAAAUGAGCUGGUCAUUUUUCUCUUACAUUCAUUAACUAACAAUCACCUCACUUGAUAAAAGAGUUCAUUCAAGAAAUAGAUCAGUUGAACUUCAUAACUAUUAGGGUGGUGUGGUCAACAUACUCAUAUAUUACUGUAUUUGUGAUCAAUAACCUGGAGGUUAUAGGCUUAAUGCAAGCACAGCUUAAAUAAAGGUUUACAUGAUAUUUAAA